ACACAUAUCAUUCCGCCAAGUUAAAACGCAACGGAUAAUUUUUUGUAAGCCAAUCAACUUGCAAGUUAGCGAUAAAAAGCUUAUCAUAAAAUGUGGUUAUUUAACUGUUGGUAGGCCUGUACCAAUGUUUGUGUGGCCCACGCGCGUCUACCCGGCACUACCCCGUCACUAACACACCUCCAUGUUUUUGUUUAUUUAGGUUAGGCGUGAGGUUUAUAAAAGCAUCAUGAGUUUUGAGUCAUCUACUGGGUCAGCACUCCCUGAUGGGGAGACAAGAACAAAUUUAAUCAUCAAUUACCUUCCACAGACGCUAACUGACCAAGAGUUUUAUAAAAUUUUUGUUGUGGUGGGCCCUAUCAAAAAUUGCCGGAUCAUGAAAGAUUUAAAGCAGACUGGGUAUUCGUUUGGGUUUGGCUUCGUGGAGUAUCAGAAACCAGAAGAUGCUGCUAAGGCAAUUCUUCAGUUAAAUAAUCUUCCUGUGCAACAUAAACGUAUCAAGGUUUCUUACGCUCGGCCGCCAGGAGAAGACAUAAAGGAGACAAAUCUCUAUAUACAAAAUAUUCCCAGAUCCUACACCCUAGACCAGUUAGAAGAACUCUUUUCUUCGUAUGGUCAUAUAGUUCAAAAGAAUCUUCUAAAGGACAAGGUUACUGGGUUACCUAGAGGAGUCGGGUUUGUCAGGUUUGAUAAGAAGAGCGAGGCAGAAGCUGCUAUCAGUGGCAUGAAUGGUGUUACUCCGGAAGGUGGCACGGAACCGUUGGUAGUCAAAGUAGCAGAAGAACAUGGAAAAAUGAAAGCAGCUUACUAUGCUGGGUAUCAUGCAGGACUAAACAACACGAGAGGUGGAGGUCAAGUUCCCGGAGGAGUACCCCCUGGACUUAAUGUAUUCCAGCGACUAAGCAUAUCAGGUCGAGGGCGUGGGAACUACAACAACCGCGGAGGCGGUGGUGGUGCUGGCUACCAAGGACGUGGAAACUAUAACAAUGUGACCCGUCAGAAUCAGCAGGGUGGUAAGAUGGCCCCAGACAGGGUCGGUAACCGCUAUAACCCCAUUGGCACUGGUGGUGGUUACGGUGGUGGUUAUGGUGGAGGUUAUGGCGGUGGUGGUAGCUCUGCAGAAUCAUUCUACCAGUUCUCCACACCGACGUUCAGUGGGGAUGACUACACCUCAUUCUCAAACAUGGAUGCUGGAGGCUACGGCCGGUAUUAAGUCUGGCAUGCACAGCAUAUCCAUGUUUUGAGUGUCAUUGCUAAGUUCCAAUUGGAACUUAGGAUGAAAAGGACAAACAUUUGAAUUUUGUAGAUGAAAGAAAAACAGAGCUAAAAAACUGUUAGAGGUUUUAAAAAGAAUGGAAAAUCUAUUUGUUGUGAUAGUCAAUUCUACCAAAGCUUUUUGAUCUUGUAUUUUUCUUAUUCUAACUAGGGGGGCAUGAUGCAUUAACUUUCCAUUAGAGGAGAUGCAUUUUAUAAGAAUUUAUUUUCAUUGUAGUCUUCUAAAAGUGGCUUCAUUGCACUAAAGUAUUUCCUAGCUCUGUUUAUAUUUGGUAGAAACGGCCGAGUCCCUAGUGUCCUUAUGUCAUUAAUUUUGGAAAUGAAAAUGUUUUUCCUUGUGUGAACAGCAACAGAGCUAAUGCCACAGUUGGUUCCUGUUCUCAUCAUAAACAGUUUUUUUGCUUUUUUAUCUUUGUAUUUCUUUGAUUUUUUUGUGAAUUUAUUAACCAACGAAGUGUCAAAGUGUGUUUAUUCAUUAUUUUUAUGUGGAUUUACUCCCUGCAGCAGGCAUGGUAUGCUGCAAUAGAUAGGAUAAUACAUCUUCAUUAUUAUUAUGUUAUUGUGUUAUGCAGUAGGCUUAUUCAUAUAAUCUUACUAUAAGAUAUUGAUGGUUUCAUAAUAUCUUUUUCCAUUUGAACCAGUUUUAUUUUCAAUAUAAGAAAACUGCAAUCAGGUAAAGUUUAGUUUUAAGUUUUUCAUUGUUAUUGGUCGGUAGCAACUAUACCUGAAUAUUAAAGAAUUGUUUAUUUUGUUCAUGAAAAAAAGUUAUCAAAUGUUAAAGUGAUCAUUUUUACAGUGCUACAUUAUUUUUGCUCACACUGUAAUAAGUUGAGAUAUAUUUAAUAAAGUGAAACUAUCGUAAA